UUUUCUUUGCCCAGAGAAAGAGAGUAAAACUCAACAGAGAAAACCAAGCAGAGGCAGUAGGUGUAUCUUGCAACUGUUUGCAGAGUUUUAGGAGUGGGGAGGAGAAAAGCAAAAAAGAAAGGAGGCCCAUGGAGAAGUUUAAGCACGUGCUGGACUUACUGGUUAAAUACCACACUGUUUUAGGCUAUAGUUUGUUGAGCCUGCUGACAGCUGGCGGAGAGCGCAUCUUCUCCAGCGUAGUAUUCCAAUGCCCCUGCAGCUCUACCUGGAACCUUCCUUAUUCCCUCGUCUUUCUCCUGGUUCCAGCCCUGAUUCUUUUCCUGCUGAGCUGCCUUUUGAGCACCCGGGCCAAGAGACUCAUGACAGGUUGCUGUGCUACAGGCCAAGAGGAUUACGAGAGCAGAGAUGGACCGGGGCUGUGUGCUAGUAUGGCAAUGUGCUGUCACUUCAUCUUGGCUGCUGCGGUGGCACCUAUCACCUGGAUCGCAGUGGCGCUACUCGGGGGAGGUUUCUAUGAGUGCGCAGCCAGUGGCAGCACGUGGGCAUCUCGGCUGUUGUGCCCUGAUCAGGAAGCCAGUUGUUCUGAACAGUUGCCACAGGUGCCGUGCCAGAAAGCAAAGUCGGAGCAGGUGCAAGAGCUUUUGAAGGAGCUGAAGGCACAUUCCCAGGUGGCAGGUUGGAUCCUGAUAGGUCUGCUUGUGAUUAUUCUUCUGAUUUUCACAUCCAUCACCAGAUGUCAAUCUCCACUUAGUUUUUUUCACCUUAAGUUCUGGAAACUGUAUUGUAAAAAGGAAGAGGAGAUAUUGAUGAAUGAAGCUAAGAAGCAUGCUGUUGAAUUGGCAGAAGAGAAUGUCAGAUGCUUCUUUGAUGGCUCCCAGCCAGAAGAGUUCAAAAUACCAAAGUCUAAAGAAUGGAAGAAGAUUUCAUCACAGUAUACAUUCCGUCCUGAACAUCAAUAUUAUAGUGUAUUACACAAGUAUGUUAACCAGCGGGAAGGUGACUGUAAUACUUAACCAUGCAGUAAGGAUGUUGUAAGUUUUGUUCAAAGUUUUGUGGAUGCUCUCAAUCUUGCCAAUUCUUUUAAUGUAAUAAUUAAUAAACAUUAUAUGAUAAA